CCGGUUACAUAUGGCGAAAAAGUUCAAGUUCAUUUAAAAAUCGAAUCUAAAACUGCAUAUUCUUUCCAUUGGCUUGAACAAGGGGUGGACAAAAUAAUUCGAAUUGCAAAUGAAUCUAUUUUCGAUGAUAUGCACAAUGCAACAAUUCCAGAUCUCUUCGCAAUCUCCUUUCCUGCCACCCUGCUUCACCAACUGCCUCAAACUUGCAAACCGAUAGUGAAACUCCUGGGACUGCUCAUCUACGUACUCGUGAAUGCAAGGUCCUUAUCACGAGUCUUAGCCAUGCAGACGUGAGCUGCUGGAAGCCAAUGGUGUGGGCUUGGCUUUAAACUGGGUACAUUCGUCAGGUGUUCUAAUCUAUGGCCUUGGAAACUGACCGCUCUGAGUCUCACAGGAGCUCAUUCCAAGUCCCACACAGCUGAUUACUGUGCCUUCUGAAAAUCGUCGAUGGCUGAGGUUGUGGUGUGGAACGUCCUUGGGAUGAAGGUGCUGGUCACAUCAGCCACAGGUUCCCAGCAGUGAGACCAUGUCUCAUAAUCGGUAUCAUGUGUCCAAUAAUGUCCUAAUAACAGACUGUCCAGCUUUCGCGUGCCACCAGGGGUGACUGAAGUAUCUGCUGCCCUUCCUGUCCGCAGCCUCAGCUGGUAGCCAAUAAAGCAGAAGUGCAUCAGAUGAUCCAGGACAGACAGAAGAAGGUGGAGGAGAUCAGGCAGUCGGUGGAGCUCAUGAAAACCCACACGCAGAGAGAGAUCGAGGAGAGUGUUCAGGUCUUCGCCGCUCUGCUGCGCUCCGUGGAGAGGAGCCAGGCUGAGCUCAUCGCACUGAUUGAGGAGAAGCAGAGAGCAGAAGAGAAGAGGGCUGAGGGGCUCAUUACAGAGCUGGAGCAGGAGAUCGCUGAGCUGCAGACGAGAAGCACUGAGCUGGAGCAGCUCUCUCACAGUGGGGACCAAAUUCACUUUCUACAGAGAUUCCUGUCCCUCUGCUCCCCUUCACCACCCAAGAAGUGCUCUGACAACCCGGUCCACGCUGACCUCAGUUUGGGAAUGGUGAGGAAUGUUGUAGCUGGACUGGAAGCCAGACUCCAUGAAGAAAUAGAGAAACUGCCAGAAAUCAAGUUAAAGAGGAUCCGGAAGUAUGCAGCUGACGUGACUCUGGACCCCGGCACGGCCCAUCCCAAUCUCGUCCUGUCCGAGGACGGGAAGCGAGUGAGGCACAGGGAGCGACAGCAGGUGCUCCCCGACAACCCGGAGAGGUUCGAUCAGAUCGUGCGCGUCCUGGGCCGGGAGGGCUUCACCUCGGGGCGGCACUACUGGGAGGUGGCGGUGGGGGGUAAAACGAAGUGGGACUUGGGCGUGGCCCGGGCAUCUGUGACAAGGAAUUCAAACCUGGGCCCGGAGUUGUCCAACGGCUACUGGGCGUUGCUCCUGAGGGAGGGCAACACCUACUUUUCUUCCGAGAGACUCCAUUCCUCCUUCUCCCUGAGCCCGCAGCCGCAGAAGGUGGGGGUGUACCUGGAUUACGAGGCGGGAGAGGUCUCCUUUUACAACGUAGAGGCCGGGUCUCAUAUCCACACGUUCAGGGACACCUUCGCUGAGAAACUCCACCCCUAUUUCAAUACUUGUCUCUGGGAUGGCGGCACCAGCGCUGCCCCCCUGAUCAUCUCCCCAGUCACGCAGACAAACUGAGCGCGCGUGAGUGAAAAUGAGUCUGCCGUUGACCCGCCUAUUAAAGGGGCCCUGCAGUCCCAAGUUCUCGGGCCAGUUAUGAAAUCAGCAAAAUGAAUGAAUCGAGGGUAUCGCAAAAUCUUACAAAUUCCAAAUUAGGCACAGAAUCGUGAACGUUGUGAAAGUACUGGAUAGUCGCCAUGCUGCCGAGAGUUUGUGCUAAUUGUGAUGUGAGGCCCUUCCUGCUCACUAGUCACUGUAAUGAUUAAUGUAGUGAAGUAGAAGUACAGGUUGUGCAGCAGACUUUUCACCGCAGAAAUGAUCCAGCGUGACCUGCCUGCAGAGCUAACAAGCGAGUGGUAUUUGUUGGCAAAACUGUCUCGCAGUAGAGAGCAAUAUUUCUCUUGGAUUAAGAGAGACAGAUUCACAAGCCUGCGUGUUUACAGUGUUGCUUCACCUCACCGGAGGUCUUGUUGCCUCGUUCUGAAUCGCAGAACAUGGCGCUGCACAUACCUGGUAAUUUCCUCUAUUUUGUGACCUAAAUUGGAGGUUUUACACAAUACAUUUGACUUUUAUCGUGGUUAGGAAUGCACCCAUCAUUGCUGAUUCUUUCUAAUUCCAUAAUAUAAAAAUAGCCUUGCAGUUCCCCUUUAAGGGCAUUAAAUAUGUACAAGCUGAGAAGACAAGUGUUUUUAUCCCAUUUUUUUAAGCUCCUAAUAUUUCAAACUGUCUUAUAAAUUGCUUAGAUUUAAACUCCUCAUUAUUGUUUAUGAUUGAUCAUGUUUUAAAUGUCCCAGCCACGUUUCCUUAUGUUUCUCUUUU